CGCGAGAUUUGCUUGGCGCCGCGACCUCAUGUGAGACACCUCCUGCGCGAGCCAGUCCGACGUUACCUCUGCAGAGGAAAACGCAAUGGAGCCCUGAAUAUUUGUCAAUUCUAUCUCGUUUGACCCCAGGAAAACCGUACUCGCAUCCAAAAUACUGCUUCAUCUGCUAUUUAUUUGAGGCGUAACAGGGCGGUGCAACAAUGUGGAUCCAGGUUCGCACUAUAGACGGGAAGGAGACGCGAACCGUUGAGGAUCUUUCUAGAUUGACCAAAAUUGAGUCUUUACGGGUGAAAAUACAGGACAUCUUCAGUGUAAGCCCACAGCAGCAGCGCCUAUUCUAUCGAGGAAAGCAGAUGGAAGAUGGACAGACACUGUUUGACUAUAACGUGGGACUCAAUGACAUCGUCCAGCUGCUGAUUCGCUCACAGACCGACCCUCCGGACAGCCCCGCCACCAAGGACUCCUCUGGUGUGGCCUGUAGUUCAGACCCCCCUUCUGACUCCAGGUCAGAAAGCCACAACUCCCCGGCUCCCGCCUCCCCCGCUGCUAUGGAAACCUCCACCAAUAUAGACAAUGACAGUAGCAGCGUCACUACCAGCACUGUUAACGAAACCAAGCCGGACACCAGUGCGACCGGUAACUCAGCCAGUACCAAAAAUGGGCUCAAGUCCUCCAGUCCGGCGCCGGACCCCCAACCGCCCACAUCCAGCAGAAACACACUAGUCGACAGAGGAAUUGGUGUGUACAAGAUUAAUGAGCUGGUGGACUGCAGAGACGUCAGCAUCGGUGCCUGGUUUGAGGCCUGCCUCGAAAAUGUGACACGCGUUCCCAAAGGACAGAUAGUGCCCACGAAGGGAAAGGUGGGUCGGCCCCCAAAAAGGACUAAUGGAAAGCUGGAGGCCGAUCUGGGACAGCCCCACAGCCAGGGCCAAACCACAGACAGUAACAGGAAUAAUGUUGUGUUAAGCCCUGAGAGCAAUGGAGCCUCCACCUCUCAGACGGACUCUACAGCAGCUACAGAGACCAAGGAGAGAGAAGAGGACGUAAUUUACCACAUUAAAUAUGACGACUACCCAGAGAACGGUGUGGUGGAGAUGCGACCGGUGGAUGUGAGACCACGGGCCAGGACCCUUCUGCGGUGGGACGAUCUCCAGGUGGGCAUGCGUGUGAUGGUCAACUACAAUAUGGAGACACCAGAUGAAAGGGGCUUCUGGUUUGAUGCCGAGGUUCAGACCAUCAACCAAGCUUCCCGCACCAACAAGGAGCUCAGAGUCAAGAUCCUCCUGGGGGGUCCAGGAGACCUAAUCGGGGAUUGUAAAGUUCAGUUUCUGGAUGAAAUCUACCAGGUGGAGACCCCAGGAGCUCGUGCCCUCUCAGCUUCAGAUGGACAAUUUAAACGGAAGAGCGGGCCGGAGUGUAAGCACUGCAAGGCUGACCCUGAAGCCGAAUGUCGCUUCUGCUCCUGCUGUGUGUGUGGCGGGAAGCAGGAUGCGCACAUGCAGCUGCUGUGUGACGAGUGUAACAUGGCGUUCCACAUCUACUGCCUCAACCCACCGCUGGCCACCAUCCCAGAUGAUGAGGACUGGUACUGUCCCACCUGUAAGAACGACACCAGUGAGGUUGUGAAGGCAGGAGAGAAGCUCAAAGCCAGCAAGAAGAAAGCCAAGAUGCCUUCGGCAACAACUGAGAGUCAAAGGGACUGGGGAAAGGGUAUGGCCUGUGUGGGGCGUACCAAGGAAUGCACAAUUGUUCCAUCCAACCACUAUGGACCCAUUCCCGGCGUUCCGGUUGGAACCACCUGGAAAUUCAGAGUUCAGGUGAGUGAGGCAGGAGUUCACAGGCCACAUGUUGGUGGUAUCCACGGGCGCAGUAACGAUGGCUCUUAUUCGCUGGUGUUGGCCGGGGGCUUUGAGGACGAAGUGGACCGGGGAGAUGAGUUCACCUACACAGGCAGUGGGGGUCGUGACCUCUCAGGAAACAAACGGAUCGGAGAGCACUCUUUUGACCAGACCCUGACACACAUGAACAGGGCAUUAGCCUCAAAUUGCGAUGCACCUCUGAAUGACAAAGACGGGGCAGAGUCCAGGAACUGGCGGGCUGGAAAGCCGGUGAGAGUGGUGCGCAGUUCCAAAGGUCGACGCAUCAGCAAAUACGCUCCCGAAGAGGGAAAUCGCUACGAUGGUAUUUACAAGGUGGUUAAGUACUGGCCAGAGAUUGGAAAGUGUGGUUACCUUGUGUGGCGGUACUUACUGAGACGGGACGAUCUAGAACCAGCACCUUGGACACCUGAAGGACUGGAGAGGAUAAAAAAACUGGGCCUUUCUGUUCAGUACCCACCCGGCUACUUGGCGGCCAUGGCUAACAAAACAAAGAAGGAGGCCUGUGCACGACCUGGUCGCGGUGGCCGGACUAAGCACUAUCCCGGGAGGGGGAGGCCACGGAGACGCAAACUCAAGGACAAAGAAGAGAAUGACGAGGAAGAUGAAGACGAGCAGCCAAUGACGAGUGUGGAAGAAGAGGAGCCACAGAGUAAUGGAGAGCAGAACACAACCAGAGAGAGUGCAGAGUCGUCACCAGCGGCAGAGCCUCCCUCUAAAAAGGUGAAGAUAGAGGAGACUUUCCAGUUGUCGGAGCAGCAGCAGCAGUUGAUCCGGGAGGACACAGCCAACAAGAAACUCUGGGAUGAAGCCAUGGGAUACCUUAAAGAGGGACAAAAUUUCCUGCAGAAGAUGGAGCCGCUCUUUAUGUGUGUGUGCUGCCAGGAGCUGGCCUUCCAACCCAUCACCACCGCCUGCUCACACAAUGUUUGCAAGACUUGUCUACAGCGGUCGUUCCGAGCACAGGUGUACACCUGCCCAGCCUGCCGUCACGACUUGGGCAAAGACUACGCCAUGGCCCAAAACGUGACACUCCAGGUGCUGCUUGACCAGUUCUAUCCCGGCUACAGCAAGGGCCGAUGAGGGCGAAAUCACAUUUAUAAGCAGACCACGUACACACACGCACAUGAGCAUCCAUUCUGUGCACCCGCGUAUACCGUCAAGUACCUAGAGCUCCACUUUGAAAUGCAUUGCGCACACAUACUGUACUUACCCACGGGCAAAUGUAUAUUGCAUAUACAGCCAUUUAUGUAUACAAUCAUUCAUACACAAACAACCUCAGUAGGAACUGACCUCAUCUGUUAAACCUGGACUGUCUCCAUUAACAUCACCAGCCUGAAAUUCAACCAAGAACAUUUUUUAUCCGCGCUACUCCUGCCCCCGGAAACGCACACGAACGCACAAAAGGACCCCCGAUUCACACCCACUAGCCACCUCAAGAUUUUGGUUACCCCUCCACUGUGUUCUUCACUGGUUUUAUAAAUUGACAUACAGCACAUUGUUUGAGUGCAAAUUCUUUCAUGGGAAUAUCAUGAAAUCAGCCAUCAGACUCCUGCCAACCUAGAAGCAUUUUUGUCUACCAUGUAUGUAUUUACACCAUAACAAAAUGAGCUUAGCUGCGUCAUAUAAGUGCAGUAUCUUACUGAAAUACAGGGAUUUAGGUACAACAGGACAUAACACUCUCUGCACACUAUUCAGAAUGAGCCACUAGGUCAUGGGACUGAGAGUUGGCCUGUUACGGCAAGCUAAAAGUAGGAAAGUGCACAAUGUUAUUUUUACUUUCGACUCGUUUUGCAGGUUAAUCUGGUGCACAUGCUAGCAUUCUGCUAGCUGCUCAUGUCACAUGGAAUAAUGCCAUUGUUACACCAUAGAAUAGCUCAUGUCUUGCCAGCUGUACUUUCAGUUCAUUUGCAGAGAACAAAUUGGCAACUUUGUCAGGAGAUUUAUGUGUCCUACAAAGCAGCUCCCUCACAUUCUUAGUGAACGCAACAAUGAUCAACAUAACUCUCCCAGAUUUUAUGUGGAGUAAAAUCUUCAUAAACAUACCAAAGACAUGAGGCUGUAGAGCAGGUCACGGGCAAAUAUCUUCAAAAUCUCCUUAAAAGAAAGUAAUUUCUGAUGAGUCAUCACGCCUGAAAGUAAAAUUCACUCUGGAAAUAUAACAAAGAGGAACAUUCCAAAUUAUCAUCUUUCUUUGGCAAGGCACUUUUUUGUUUCCAUUUACAAGCAGCUAGAGCUAAAUGUACAAGAUAAACAAACACAGAUACCUCUCAUAAACCUCUUAACUCAAAUGAUAUAUGACAAAUGGAAGUUCUGACAGAGAUGUAUUUGUACAUUAGAUGAGUACAUGCUGGUUUUUCCCCAUUCAUUUGUUGACCUAAGAAAUACUGUAACGAUGUCAUGGAAAGUAAAGAUGUACAUGCAGCACACCUGAGAUGUGCUGCCUGCAUGUUCUUUCCAGUAACACUGUGGGCUUCCCUGGUGUUACCAAGCAACCACAAUCAAGCAGGACUUCCCACAAAGAUGGUUAGCAUAUUUUGUGCUCAACAGAUAUUCAUCUAUUCCCUGUCAGAGAGUUUUCCAACCAACAUGAUAGUUAGUGGAGUCACACCAUCAGAGGCUCAGAGACCAAUAUGUGCAGUGGUUCCUCCCAUUAUACAGUAUACUGUACAAGCUUGAUAGAAAUACACUGUGUGACCAGUCUCAUUUAGUCGUGAAUUGUUUUUUUGCCGGUCCACCUGUAGGGCAAGAGUGCCUUGUAGCACAGACUAUCAUAAGCUGUGAAGUAGCAAAAGGUUGCAUUGGAUACCCUCUUGUUGCUAUCUUAUUAUUUUUAAUCAGAAAUCUACUGAUUUUUGAAAUUGUAAUUUUAGUCUUUUUUUUAUUUCGGCAAAAGUCUUUUAUGGUUGCUUGUAUUUUGAUAAUGUUUAAUAGUUGAGAACUUAUUUUGUUAAAUGGGAAAAAAAGGUUGUUGAGUAUCAAAAAGGUUUUGUUAGUACUGAAAAUCCGGCAUUGUGUCGACACAAGGACUGAAAAAUGGAAACAAUACCCAUCCCAACAUGGCACUUUUUCAUAUUCUUUACAGGUUUUCAAUAGUGCAUAUUAGAGUUCAUGCUUCAUAUACACUGGUGUAUAUGAAAAGGACACAGUCGUUUUGUGAAUACACUAUUGGAUGUUUCAAUAGGUAGUGUGUUUCAGUACACUUGCACACAACAUAAAUUGAAUAUAUGAACUAGAAGGGCACUCGGACAGUGCAGACCUCCACCAAGGCCAUUUCCAUAAGUGAAAAAUAAUGAGUGUUUCAGCCCUGCACUUCAGAUCUCUUCUAUAAUGUAAUGGGUUCUACCUUGGCCCAUUUUAAAUCCUUCCACCAAGUGUCAUGACAACCGGGCGAGUACUUCUUCUGUAAUCGUGCUGACAAACAGACAAGCAAACCAACAAACUGAACUGAAAACACUUGGUGGAGGUAAAAAUGUGUGCAAGGUAAAGUUUGAAUUAUGUCCAUCACUGCACCCUAUAGUUGGAACUUUUAAUCUGAAAAGGCAUAAAGUCAGCAAACAUUGUCAAUCAUCAGUUAAUCAGUUUGAGAGAGCAAGAUCUGUGUGGAUUCAUCCUAAAACAAGACGAUAGGAACUCACUUGUUCCACUAGAGCAUCAGGUCUAACAUGAAAAUACAAAUGAGGAUUAAAUGGCAGCUGUGAAUUGGAGACAAACCAAAAGUUGUCUAUAAACACUAUUUUUUUAUGCUUAACUUUUCUUAUAAAUUACCAUCCAGUGGAUUCAGCCUCACCAAUGAGAAACUUCCCACUUCAUGUCUUUGAAACCCACUGGGACGCUUCACAGACAUUGCAACAUGAGAAUAUCAAGAAAGACCAGUCAGUUAUAAUUACAGAAUACAACAUGAAAAAAGGAUUAAAAGGAUUUUUAAUUUUUUUUUUAUACAAAAGACCUUGUACAUUAUUCCCCAAAUAGUUUGACAAUGUUUUUUUCUACUAUUUGUUAGUUGCCGCUCUGUAGUCCCACAUGGUAAUGUCAUGUGACAACUGGACCGAUAGAAGCGUAUUGUUCACAUGUGAGGAUGUACACUGCACCCACACAUGUGCUCAGUUAUCGGUUAUCUUCACGUCUUAACUGUUUGAUCUGACACACCAUCGCAUAUAUUAUACAUAUAUGAUAUUACACAGCCCGAGUUAAAAAUGGGCUUUUCUAUCUUGAGCGGCUGACAAAGAUUUACAUCUUUUAUAGUCCUGAUAUGGUACUAAAAUGUCAUGGGUUGGCAGGUCUGAUAGCACCUAAAGCAAAAACAGCAGCACCGUGUCUGCACUGAUCUGAGAUCUGGACUGAGGUCCAGAUAAUGCAUGUGAAAUGGUUUCAACACGUGAGUCGGUCUUGUGGGUAAAUGUAGCCCUCGUUCAUUGACGCCCUCCCGUUUGCCUGUAACUUUGAGGCGCAGCCAUGUUUAGUGUAACAUGCCGCUGUGCACAUCAAUCGCUCCGUUGACCUUCAGGUCCCCUUUUUCAUUGGCCGGCUGUUUCUCUGUUCGUGGUGAUGUCCUUGUUUCUGUUCAAUCAUUCAGGAUUUUUUUUCUCUUUUUAUCAACAACAUGCAAGUACAAAUGCUUCUAUGGUCUUUAAAGCUAACUGUAAUGUGCAUUAAUUCCACUGUUGCUCAAUCUUGUUCCAAGAUUAUUUUCUCCCUGCGUUGACCAGCAAGCUAAUAAAUAGCCCUUGUUUCUUUCUCUGCUGUGACCUUGUCUCCCUCUCCCCUCUCUGCGCUGUCCUCUGCCCUCCGUGAACCUACAGUACUAACACUUUUUAGACGUCUUGUGGACGCUUGGCUUCAGUGCUGUGUUGUUUUUAUUUUUAUUGCACCCUAUUGAAGAAAAACGUUUGAAAAGUUGCAUUUAAUUUUCCUAGAAUGCUUACUAUUAUCUAUGUCUGUACGCCAUUUUUCUACCAUUUUAGUUGCUUCUCUUCUAUUUUAAUCAUUAGUCAUUUUUAUGUGGCGACCUCAAACAUUUGCAGCAUAUGCCAGUCUGAGGAGUUUCAUUGCUUCAUAUUGUGAUCUGAAAUUUUAUACAUGUCAUAAUAAUACUUGAUAUGUACCUAUUAAAUAUUUGGAUUCCAAAAAUAAAACCUUCUCUUUUUGAUUGUA